GAAGAGUAACGAGCAGCUCCAUCAAGAGCUGGCGCUAAGGGAGCGCUCGAAUCGAGUCGGACUGUUGGCGGUACGACAUGCGGCAGUUUAUGAUAAAAAUUGCAUAACAAUAUUCAUUUUAUUGGCAUUUCAUGUCAAUCGGGUCGUAUUUGUUGUCGGAAAUGCAGUGAAUAUUUAAAUUUUCAUAAAUUUGUGGAAUAUAUUUUUAUACUAGGAACUUGGUUUGGAUAAUUCCGAGUGCAUUCAUAAAUUUUUUUAAUAAUUGUUGUGAAAAAUUAAAUUCAAUGGACAAAACAAAACAUUAGACGGCACACCGCAUGGUAUUUGCGCAUGGCAGCAAAGACUAUUAUAUUUCUGCGUCAUUACACCAAAACGGGUUUUGAAAUAUCAGGAUACAUAGACUACGCUGAAAAAUUAGUGACCGAUGAUUGGACGGACUUUUUCAAAGGCAAUAAGCGUCUUUGGCCCAAGACCAACGAUCUAGGGUACUACCACUGGCGCGUUGGCAGAAGUACUUGUAACGACACGAACAACUACAAAGCAAUAGUAGACCCACACAGGGGACUAUUAUUCCAAAAUCGUCACGAUCGUCUAAUCAUUUGCCCGGAUCCAAGUCUACCGUCUCCCGGAAGCAAUACUACCCGUACCCGAAUUUUUACGGACAGAUAUGAACACGUCGUUUUGUAUGAUCACGUAGUCCGUAGUAAAUGCUGAUACAUUUCUGUUAUCAACUAUAUUUAUAAUCUUAUUAUAUCAAGGCUUAUUUUAGGCAAAAGUAUUAACGAUAAUUGUUAUAUAUUAAUUGUUACAAUUGCCA